UCUGUAUAUAUGUUUUGUGAUCAGUAAUCUGUAUUGUUUUGUGGUGAAUGGUGCUUAACCUCAAAAACAUUGUGAAAUUCCAGAAAAAUCAAAUCAAACUUUGCAUUCAGUCUUCAUAAUAAAAUAAAUAGCUGCUGAUCCUUCACGAAAAAAGCUGCCCAAAGGCAGUUAGUAGAUAUCUUUUGAUUUGAGCCUAGCCAGUUAGUGGAUAUCUUUUGAUUUGAGCCUAUUUUGUACCCUACACAACAAUGACUUCAGCUUUGGCCUCCUUAACAGCAACCUACACUGACUCUGAAGGAGAAGAAGAACCCGAAGAGGAACAACAGGAAUCUGGUGAAACAAGUGAACCCUCAAAAACACCUCCCAUGGGUUCUAAUUCUGAAAAAUCCAAUGAAUCAUCUCGCCCUGCGAGCCCUGCUCAUACUCAAACUCAAAUCAAAGUGACUACAAAGGUAGCCAAUUUGGUGUCGUAUCUCGACGAUACUGUUGUCUCGGAUGAAGGGGAGACUGAGGAGGUUCCCCAUGAGGUGAUUAUGAUGACAGAUGACAAAAAGCAGGAAGAACAGGAAACAGUCGAUGAAGAUGGUGUAACAUUACCACCUGAACCACCUGGUCACUGUUCUGCAGAACUCCAAGACAAAAUCACCAAAUUAUAUGAGAAGAUGCAGACACAAAAUCUGGAUAUGAAUUUACUCAUACAGAAGAGGAAAGAUUUCAGGAAUCCUAGCAUAUAUGAAAAGCUGAUACAAUUUUGUGAUCUGAAUGAAUUAGGCACAAACUACCCGCCAUCGAUUUACGAUCCUCUGAAAUGGGACAAAGAAUCGUUCUAUGAAGAGCUAGCCAAAGUUCAAAAACACGAAAUGGAUAGACGGGAGAAGGACAAGAGAGCAAAAAUGGAAGUUUUAUCAGGCACCAAGAAAGCAGAAGACGACAAAAAGAGAAAGAGCAAAUGGGACCAACCGGGUGGCGGAGGCGCUUCGGUAACCACAAUCAAGCCUGCUGGUGUCAUACAACCCGCGUUGACGUCGAGUGUCACGGGGACGAAGGGGACGGUUAUAUCUGCGUUUGGAUCGCUUCCGAAAAAACUUCGACCUUGAAAAGCGAAUGUGUAGCGAUAGAUCUCAGAAUAGAAACAGACUCUAUUGACGUGCAAUAAUAAGCGUGCACCUUUAUAUUAGAAUCUGUCUGAAAACUGAACUUUUGCAGCUACUCUUAAAUGGUGGAAGAGCAGUAAAGCUUUCUAGUUUCAGUUCUGUCACAUUUUUUAUUCAUCCGAGCUUCCGGAUUUGACUUUGUCCUUUUUGGUCGCUGAAACUUAUGUUUUCAGAGUAGUUUGUUUUUUAUAUUUUGUUUUUAUCAACAUUAACAAUAUAAUGUAUUUUCAUUUGUUUUUUACUACUAAUACCUACUUGCCCGAUAAAUUACAUAAUUCCCGAAUUUGUUGUAUUUGAG